AUGGCUCUUAAGCGCAUUAACAAGGAACUUGCAGACCUCGGCCGCGACCCACCCUCCUCCUGCAGCGCUGGUCCGGUCGGCGAUGAUUUGUUCCACUGGCAGGCCACCAUCAUGGGACCUGCUGACUCUCCAUACUCUGGCGGCGUUUUCUUCCUAGCAAUUCACUUCCCGACUGAUUACCCGUUCAAGCCGCCGAAAGUCAACUUCACGACUCGAGUAUACCACCCGAACAUCAACAGCAACGGCAGCAUCUGUCUCGACAUUCUCCGUGACCAGUGGAGUCCUGCCCUGACCAUCUCGAAAGUUCUCUUGUCCAUUUGUUCGCUUCUUACAGAUGCGAACCCUGCGGAUCCCCUGGUUCCUGAGAUUGCGCACCUGUACAAGACCGACCAGCCGAAGUUCGAGGCGACGGCCCGUGAGUGGACGCGCAAGUACGCCAUCUAG